UAUACUCUGCCAGACUACAGCUGUGUUCCAGUAUAUAGUCCUAUAACUCUGCCAGACUACAGCUGUGUUCCAGUAUAUAGUCCUAUAACUCUGCCAGACUACAGCUGUGUUCCAGUAUAUAGUCCUAUAGCUCUGCCACACUACAGCUGUGUUCCAGUAUAUAGUCCUAUAGCUCUGCCAGACUACAGCUGUGUUCCAGUAUAUAGUCCUAUAACUCUGCCAGACUACAGCUGUGUUCCAGUAUAUAGUCCUAUAGCUCUGCCAGACUACAGCUGUGUUCCAGUAUAUAGUCCUAUAACUCUGCCAGACUACAGCUGUGUUCCAGUAUAUAGUCCUAUAGCUCUGCCACACUACAGCUGUGUUCCAGUAUAUAGUCCUAUAACUCUGCCAGACUACAGCUGUGUUCCAGUAUAUAGUCCUAUAACUCUGCCAGACUACAGCUGUGUUCCAGUAUAUAGUCCUAUAACUCUGCCAGACUACAGCUGUGUUCCAGUAUAUAGUCCUAUAACUCUGCCAGACUACAGCUGUGUUCCAGUAUAUAGUCCUAUAACUCUGCCAGACUACAGCUAUGUUCCAGUAUAUAGUCCUAUAGCUCUGCCAGACUACAGCUGUGUUCCAGUAUAUAGUCUUAUAACUCUGCCAGACAACAGCUGUGUUCCAGUAUAUAGUCCUAUAGCUCUGCCAGACUACAGCUGUGUUCCAGUAUAUAGUCCUAUAACUCUGCCAGACCUACAGCUGUGUUCCAGUAUAUAGUCCUAUAGCUCUGCCAGACUACAGCUGUGUUCCAGUAUAUAGUCCUAUAGCUCUGCCACACUACAGCUGUGUUCCAGUAUAUAGUCCUAUAGAUCUGCCAGACUACAGCUGUAUUCCAGUAUAUAGUCCUAUAACUCUGCCAGACUACAGCUGUGUUCCAGUAUAUAGUCCUAUAACUCUGCCAGACUACAGCUGUGUUCCAGUAUAUAGUCCUAUAACUCUGCCAGACUACAGCUGUGUUCCAGUAUAUAGUCCUAUAGCUCUGCCAGACUACAGCUGUGUCCAGUAUAUAGUCCUAUAGCUCUGGCCAGACUACAGCUGUGUUCCAGUAUAUAGUCUUAUAACUCUGCCAGAACUACAGCUGUGUUCCAGUAUAUAGUCCUAUAACUCUGCCAGACUACAGCUGUGUUCCAGUAUAUAGUCCUAUAACUCCUACCAGACUACAGCUGUGUUCCAGUAUAUAGUCCUAUAAACUCUGCCAGACUACAGCUGUGUUCCAGUAUAUAGUCCUAUAGCUCUGCCAGACUACAGCUGUGUUCCAGUAUAUAGUCCUAUAACUCUGCAGACUACAGCUGUGUUCCAGUAUAGUCCUAUAGCUCUUCCAGACUACAGCUGUUUCCAGUAUAUAGUCCUAUAACUCUGCCAGACUACAGCUGUGUUCCAGUAUAUAGUCCCUAUAGCUCUGCCAACUACAGCUGUGUUUCCCAGUAUAUAUUCCCUAUACUCGCCGACCCUACAGCUGUGUUCCAGUAUUAGUCUAUCGAUCUGCCAGACUACAGUGUAUUCCAGUAUAUAGUCCUAUAACUCUGCCAGCACUACAGCUGUGUUUCCAGUAUAUAGGUCCUAUAACUCUGCCAGACUACAGCUGUGUUUCCGUAUAUAGUCCAUAAACUCUGCCAGGACUACAGCUGUGUUCCAGUAUAUAGUCCUAUAGCUCUGCCAGACUACAGCUGUGUUCCAGUAUAUAGUCCUAUAACUCUACCACACUACAGCUGUGUUCCAGUAUAUAGUCUAUAACUCUGCCAGGAACUACAGCUGUGUUCCAGUAUAUAGUCCUAUAGCUCUGCAGACUACAGCUUGUGUUCAGUAUAUAGUCCUAUAACUCUACAGACUACAGCUGUGUUCCAGUAUAUAGUCCUAUAACUCUCCCAGACUACAGCUGUGUUCCAGUAUAUAGCUAUAGCUCUGCCACACUACAGCUGUGUUCCAGUAUAUAGUCCUAUAACUCUACCAGACUACAGCUGUGUUCCAGUAUAUAGUCCUAUAACUCUGCCAGACUACAGCUGUGUUCCAGUAUAUAGUCCUAUAACUCUGCCAGACUACAGCUGUGUUCCAGUAUAUAGUCCUAUAACUCUGCCAGACUACAGCUUGUGUUCCAGUAUAUAGUCCUAUAGCUCUGCCACACUACAGCUGUGUUUCCAGUUUUAGUCCUAUAACUCUACCAGACUACAGCUGUGUUCCAGUAUAUAGUCCUAUAACUCUGCCAGACUACAGCUGUGUUCCAGUAUAUAGUCCUAUAACUCUGCCCAGGACUACAGCUGUGUUCCAGUAUAUAGUCCUAUAGCUCUGCCAGACUACAGCUGUGUUCCAGUAUAUAGUCCUAUAACUCUGCCAGACUACAGCUGUGUUCCAGUAUAUAGUCCAAUAGCUCUGCCAGACUACAGCUGUGUUCCAGUAUAUAGUCCUAUAACUCUGCCAGACUACAGCUGUGUUCCAGUAUAUAGUCCUAUAGCUCUGACAGACUACAGCUGUGUUCCAGUAUAUAGUCCUAUAACUCUGCCAGACUACAGCUGUAUUCCAGUAUAUAGUCCUAUAACUCUGCCAGACUACAGCUGUGUUCCAGUAUAUAGUCCUAUAGCUCUGCCAGACUACAGCUGUGUUCCAGUAUAUAGUCCUAUAACUCUGCCAGACUACAGCUGUGUUCCAGUAUAUAGUCCUAUAACUCUGCCAGACUACAGCUGUGUUCCAGUAUAUAGUCCUAUAACUCUGCCAGACUACAGCUGUGUUCCAGUAUAUAGUCCUAUAGCUCUGCCAGACUACAGCUGUGUUCCAGUAUAUAGUCCUAUAACUCUGCCAGACUACAGCUGUGUUCCAGUAUAUAGUCCUAUAACUCUACCAGACUACAGCUGUGUUCCAGUAUAUAGUCCUAUAACUCUGCCAGACUACAGCUGUGUUCCAGUAUAUAGUCCUAUAACUCUGCCAGACUACAGCUGUGUUCCAGUAUAUAGUCCUAUAACUCUGCCAGACUACAGCUGUGUUCCAGUAUAUAGUCCUAUAACUCUGCCAGACUACAGCUGUGUUCCAGUAUAUAGUCCUAUAGCUCUGCCAGACUACAGCUGUGUGGCCCAUGUUCCCAGACCUCAGACAGAGAGGGAC